UAGCAGCUGCUCCUCGUGUUUUGAACAAUCUCUAUGUGUGAGAGAGAAAAUGCUUCUGAAAUGUUUGAGACCUUAAUGAGAAUAUUUACAUAAAGGAGGGGUAUAGACAAGUGUUGCUAGGAGGUCAAAGGAAAAUGUGACAAAUCGAAGUGUGGGGAGAAUGAUAUUGAUGAGUUAAACAGAAAGUGAUAACUGUUAUAGAUGUGGCUGGGGCUCUUAAGCAUGCAGCAGUUGUAAGAGUGUUGUGUGGAUGUAAACAUGUAUUAUCUAAACAUUCAAAAAUGCAUUCACUCAUUCCGAUGUGAGAACCCACAUCAAAGUUUAUGGAUUAAUAUAACCUACAUUUAUAUGGAAGUAUGCAAAAAAGCUCACAACUAUACACACAAAUGAAAAACACACUUAUACACACUUGUGUAUUUACGUGCAAGUGAAAAUUACAGAAAAAAAAAGAGCAUAUAUAUAUAUAUAUGUGUGUGUGUGUGUGUGUGUGUGUGUGUGUGUGUAUACAUACACACACUACCAAAUGGGAAGAAAAAAAGAUAGCACCAAUGAAUAGACACAUACUCACAUAUCUACAUAUAUCGCUCAAAUCUGGAGAGCAGACAGGGAAGCUGGUUGUGACAGCCAGAGCAACUCACUAAAUACUUCACAUGCUUUACUCCUAUAACUGUGAUUCCAAGCAAUAUGUUGUUAUCCAUAUACAUAUUUUUAAUCUUACUGCACUGUUGUCAAUGUGUAGAUCUCAUCUAUCAUGUACAAGAAGAAAAAGGUGCAAACACCUUCGUUGGAGAUAUUGCAAGUGACUCACAAUUGUUUGCUAGUUUCUCAUCUCAGGAUUAUGGACACAUUACUUUUACUCAACUCAAACGCCGGCAGUCUAGUAGCUCUCUUCUGUUCAAUGUUACUAAGAGUGGGAAAUUAUACACAGCCCAACGGUUAGAUGCUGACUCUCUUUGUACAUAUAACAAAGAAUGUUCAAAAAUUGUCAAAGUUGCAGUAAGGCAAGCAGAAACAUUUAUAAAAGUAUUGAAAAUCAAAGUGAUAAUUGAAGAUAUCAAUGAUCAUCAACCUGUAUUUUCUGACAAGCAAAUUGAUCUUCAGUUUUAUGAGACAGAUGGGAAAGGGACAAAGAAAUCAGCGCCAAGUGCCAUAGAUGGAGACAUGGGAGCUUUAAAUUCCAAAAUUAACUAUAGACUAAAAAAUAAUGUAAAUCAGACAUUUUCAUUAUUUGUUUCCAAAAGAGUUGAUGGUGUAUCAACAUUGGAAAUUAUCUUAGAAAAAAAACUUGAUCGAGAGAUCAAAGAUCUAUAUUUAGUGCAAGUUGUUGCUCAAGAUGGAGGUUCUCCACCACAUCAGUGUAUUCUAAAUGUUCAAAUUUCUGUUAUUGAUGAAAAUGAUAAUCGACCUGUUUUCUUUCAAAAUAUGUACAAUGUUUCAGUGAAAAACACUCAUUCAAGAAUGAGGCCUGUUGUAAUAUUAUCAGCAAAGGAUAAAGAUUCAGGUGAAAAUAGUCAUGUUUCAUAUUACUUUAGUCCCAAGACAUCAGCAAUUGCAAGAGACCAUUUUAGGAUCAAUAAAGAAACAGGAGAAAUUUUCCUUGAUAAAACAUCAAAGUUAAGUGAGAAAAUGAAUUUUAAGUUAUUUAUUGAAGCCAGAGAUGGAGGUAGUCCACCUUUGAGUUCAAUUGCAACAGUUAUAGUGAGUGUCUUGAAUCAAGAAAAUAAUGCCCCAACUAUAGAUGUAGAUUUUGUUUCUGUAUUAACUGAAAACACUACAAAAAUAGUUGAAAGUACCAAAGUUGGUAGUUUCAUAGCAUAUGUUAUGGUUACAGACAAUGAUGUUGGACACAAUGGAGAAGUCACAUGUGACCUUAAACAUGAAAAAUUUAAACUUUCUGCAAUUAGUUCAAAAGAAUACAAGGUUAUUUUAAAAGAGCGUGUUGAUAGAGAAAUUGAGGAUCAUUAUAUAAUUACAAUAAAAUGCCAAGACCAUGGAUUCCCACCAUUGCAGAGAGAAAGAAAAUUUUCCCUUCAGUUGAUCGAUGUCAAUGAUGUACAGCCAAUGUUUACUAAAGACACAUUCAAAUUUUUGACCUAUGAAAAUGAAAAACCAUCAUUUCCAGUUGGAUUUGUUAAUGCCACUGACCCAGAUUUAGGGCUAGGAGGCAAAUUGUCAUAUGCUUUAUUUGAUAAAAACCAAUUUGAUAUUCCUUUCAAAAUAACAGACAAUGGAUUUAUUUCAACUAGAAAAUCUCUUGACCGUGAACAAAACAGCAUUUAUAAAUUUCAAGUUUUAGUCAGAGACAAUGGAAGUCCAUCACUUAAUAAUACAGCUAACGUUAUUGUUGAAAUUAUGGAUGAAAAUGAUAAUGCUCCUUAUUUCACCUUUCCUAGUGUUAGCCCCUUUAGUUUGGAUCUUCAUUACCAUCCACAGAGUGACACUGAAAUCACUGUUCUGAGAGCAUCAGACAGAGAUAGCCAUGUAAAUGCUUUCCUUACCUAUGAAUUAAUUGGAGGUAAUGAUAAACGAUUAUUUAUGAUUAAUGCUCAUUCAGGUAUUUUAUCUUUUUCUCGAGCAGUUUAUCAAAAUGAUGCAGGGUCAUAUGAACUUCAAUUUAUAGUUAAAGACAGUGGAAAUCCAGUUCUAUCAGCAACAGCCAUUUUGUCCUUAACAUUGACAGUCAGUAAUAAAACAUCAACAAUGUUAACAGCUGUCCAGAUUCAAUCCAGUGAUAUGAUUGAUGUAAACUUAGUUAUAAUUAUUGUUGUUGUAGCAGUGGUGCUGUCUAUUGCCAUUGUGAUAUUCAUUACAACAUGCAUUGUUAAAUACAACUACCCCAGAAAUGCUAACCAUGGCACAGAUGUAAAUACUUCAUACCAGUCAAGAAGUGAAAUGCGAAAUCUCAUUUAUCAAACUAACAAUCGAGUUUCAAUGACAAGAGGCCAAAAUGAAGGCAUGAGUCCAAAUACUCCAUCAAUGAGAUCAAGGGGUCAAUUUUAUCCAGAAAUCGAAUCUCAGAAACCUUCCACUAUGAUCAGAACACUUUCAAAGUCUUCACAAAUGUACAGUCAACCUGUUACUGUGACAUCUGGUGGUGAGCCAAUGGAGCAAAACAUUGUUAUGGUCCCUAACUAUCUGAGUGAUACAAUGUCUACCAAAAGAGACAGUGGACAUAACUGGAAUGAAGGAGAAACAAAACAAUAUGAAGAAAUACCUGGGCUUUACAACUUCAGACACAUAUCAUCCACUUCAAAGAUGGACUGAAACCACAAAGACAGACAUAUAAAAAGAAAUCAAUGAGAUUGUAAUAGAAAUGAAUCAACAAACAGGGAAGUGAACAAAAUGCCUAUAAGCCUUCCAGAGACAGAAUCAUAAAACACCCAUUUAUGGUUGCAUUCGAUUGUAGGAGUGAUAUAGUACCAUUUAAUGUGAACGAGACAAAUGUCUUUGAAAUACAUUAGUAUUGUUAAUAUUGAAGAUAGAUAUAACAAAAAAUAUUUUUUACCUCCAUUCAAUCAUACAAGGUAUGCAUACAGACCAUAACGAGGUGAACAUAGAUCUUAUCUUCAUUUUAAAUAUUCUGGUUUAUAUAUACCCUGAUAUAUGUUUUCCCUGUGUACAGAUACAUAAUUAUGCACAUAAUAUAUAGAAAAUGUGUAUGUAAAAAUGUGUACAUACACAUUUGGGAGUAUGAAAAAGAUGACUCAUCCUCAAUACAUGAAGAAGAGUUUAAUUAAUUUGGGGUGAUGCUAAGUUCAAGUAUCACUGUGAUUGAUUUUAUCUUUCAUCCCUUCAGGGUCAAUAAUAAUAAGUCAUGUGCUAGAUUUAAUUUAAUCAUCUGUAAUAACUUCCUUAACCAUAAGAAUGUAUGAAAUUUAUAUUUUAGUUAUUAAGGUAACAAUAUUUUAUGCUGUAUAUCCUACAUUUAUAAAAUAGGAUUUAAAACAGUAUGCAGUAUUUAUCAUUUAAAGGAAUAUUUUUCAUAUUCCAUGUUAUGUGAUGUAAUGUCUUUUGCAAAAACGAUCCUAUAUUUAGAAGAGAAAUAUUUUUAUAUAACGCUAACUGCUAUAGUAAGCAUAAUUUGGCAUUAAUCAUAUUAUGUUUUAACUAAUAGAUUAUAACAGUUACGAUGAUAAGUGUAAUGUAUAUUACUACUAAACAAAAAUGCAUGUGUCUGUGCAUUUGAGUAGGAAUGUACAUGUCAGUGUACAUUUGUUGUGUUUCAUCCCAAGUCAACAUUGAUUCAGCGAAUUGAUUAAAGACAUUCCAAUCAUGAACAUCCUAUCUUUUUCCAAGGAACCCAGAACCAUAUUUACUAAUGUGCCCUCUUAUGGUAGUGCAUGAUUUGAAGAAAAUUUGGCUGCACUCUCUAGCAGGUCUAGAAAUAAACCAUGUAGAGGCCCCAACAUUGGUCUGUUGAAUGUAUUCGAAGCAUAUCUGUAUGGCAAUUCUGUGAUUUUCUUUCAAGUUGAAAUUUUUAACAUUAACAAUCACAAUUAUAUACUGAAUGAAGAUGAUCUAAAUACGAAAUAUUACUGAAUGUCAUCUGUAAUUGUGCAUUUUCAAAACUUUUUAUAAAGUUUUAAAGGUAAACAUGUCAAUUUAACAAAGGGUUUUGUUAAGAGUCAUUGACAGAUAUUACAAAUUAACAUUGUUUAUAAAUUGAUCCAAUGCUUCAAGACAUAAACAUAUUUCAGAUGACAUAA